GCCUUCUUUUUGGAUGUGUCGAAGAUAGCGCGAGACUUGGAACGCGACCUUUGGGGGCGACGGAUUUGUUUUUGUGGUAACAUGCGAUUCCGUAUGAGAAAUCCUUUAUUUUUCUUAAUCCUUGGAUUUUUUUGGCCUCCUCUUGCCUGAGCUUCAUUGCGGUUGCUUUCCAUCUUCCUCGAGUGAAGUGGAGGGCAAGACAUAUUUAGAAGCAUAGAUACACACAAGGAAAUACAAGUGUUCACAAGCUGGGGACGCAACUACGCAAUUAUACCGGUAGAAUGUUGACAUCCGACCCAACCCACGCCGCAGCCGAAGCACUUGUGACGUUUCACUCAGCGCCCGUCCAUCAACGUUCUUCUCACACACCUACCUCUGGUGGAGUGAGUGAUACACAAAUACCAGUAUAUAGAUCAUUGCUGUCAUCGCCGGCAGUUCAGCCUCCAACGCUCCCUGCGCCAACCUAUACGACGCGCCCUCGACUUUGUCGCAAGCCUUCAGUGCCACAAAUUGCGACAGAUUCCCCAGUGACCGACAAACCGAUGGACUGGGGUCUUGAUUCAAAUGGCGUUCGUGGGACUGCGACCAGUCCGCAAUCGGGGUCGUCUGUCCAGGUCGAUCAAAGCCUAGGACUCGGCCCUGUUGACGAACUCACCGAUGAAAUCUGUGACCGCUUUCAAUCUCUUCGGUCAGACAUUAUGGCCGUUGAUGGGUCGAUGGACUUGGAAGCUUACCAGCUAGCCGCUUACGAUUUGCAGCUGCAACAAAUGAAGGAGGAGGAAGAACGGGCUCGCCAAGGACGGGGCAAGUCCAGCAAGGACGGCCAAAGCAAGAAUGAUUCCAUUGACUCCCCCUCAGCAGCAUCGACAAAAUCACGCAAAUACGCAAUGCUUCAUUUGCCACGCCGACGUCACCCAGUAAAGCUCAAACCCCUCUCACCCGAGGCCAUUGAACAGGCCAAAGUCCAACCCGACGAUAGAGGUUUGCUCAAACCUCCCACAUCGCAAAAAGUCCCUUUACCGUCGAUCAGGUCCAUUCUUUCGACGAGUGGACCGCGUGUAGUUCGUGUGAUUCCCCCGGCCGUCGCUCCGGCAGCUGGACCCGUCAUGAUGAACAAACCUUUCACAGCAGAUGCUGCAGCUUAUAUUGCUUAUCGAUCUCAUCCAGAUGCCAUGCUGUCCGAUGAGGAGACAGUUUCAAGUUGCUGUUCUACGCCUCAAAUGACAUCCCCCCAGCCUAUAAGGCGGCCCUACCUUCCCCCGCCCACAAGAACGAGAAUCUCAUCGUUAGAACCCAUCUCUUCCACGGCUUCAAACGGUAUGGUCGUAAGGGGAGAUCAGAUCUUGCCAUUCCAUCAUCCGGGACCUUCGCGGCGAUAUAGCCAAUCCGCACCUUCUGGUGAGCUCAUGAUCCAAGGCAACGAUCAUUCUGUCGUAGUCCCAGUCAAAAGGGUUCACGUCCCUGAUCCGCUGGAUGAUAUCCUUCAACAACAACAUCAGCACAUUCAAGAACUCCAUCAUCAGAACAUGUGGCUCCAGCACCAGUUGGCCCAAGUUCAAGCUCAAGGACAACAACAGAAGAAGAAGCCACUACCUCCCAACAAAUCUGUUUCUCAGGCUACCCCGGCCUUAACUAUAACGCCAGCCCCACAUCGUCGCCCGUGCACACCAUGCCCACAUCACCAUCACCAUCACCAACCUGUCGCUCCACAUUACAAACACGCUCAUCCGCAUAGCAGCACUACAAUAUUAGUACCCGCCCCGCCUCAUAAGAAGAAGCCUUACUCCAUCGUUCCCGCACCCACUGACCAGCACCAGUCUUUGCUACAAAAUCACCAUUACCCCGAAGACCAUCUCCUCCCUUCCCCGGCAUCGUCGUCUACUCCGCCGUCACCUCGAGACGAAGACCAACAACACGGGCAGACGAGUAUGACGGUGUAUCAACAACCACAGCAAUCACAACAACAGCAGCAGCAGGAACAUCCUGGGCAUACAAGACAGACAUUGGAAAAGCUUGGCGAGUUUCUAAAUAGGAGGACCUCGGCAUCUAAGAGCCGAUGAAAUGCUCCUCAGUAACGGCAGUUUGUUUUGCGCAUUCUUCUUUCAUUAUUUUUCACACCUACGGCUUUACUGUCCCUGGAAGACGUACAACAACAUAUAUAUUCCAUCAAGGAAAACAUAACCUCGAAAUGAAAACCUUAGAGAAACAAACAUAAUUUAUGGGAGGGAUGGGAGGAUUUAGGAACAUGAUCUGGUGGGGUGUAGAAUUGGUUACUAGUUGCAUUCUUAUAUGAACAAACAUUGUUAUGUGUUUUGUCCUUGUUGAUUUUGUAAUAUAUGCGUUACGCCGCUUGUAAUAUAUGCGUUACGCCGCCAUAGU